AUUGGAAGUUGGAAUCUUUUAAGAUAGACUCGUGUUACGUGCACAAACGAAAAUAUGUCUCAUUUCAGUGCCGUCUCUGGGGUCUUUUCAAAACAAUUAACACUAUAUUUUAGUGAUAUAAUAAAGUAGUUUUAAAAGUUUAUAUUUCUAUAUAUAUAUAUAUAUAUAUAUAUAUAUAUAUACGUCUCUUUUAAAUUUAUAAGUUCUAAAUUUAAUAUUAUAUCUAAAAUUUUGAAGUUUUAAACUACAAUUUAUAUAUUUAUUAUUAAAAAAUUCUAAAUUUUUACAUUUUUAGAUUUGAGCCCUAUUGUACCACUCUACUUGUUCAUGCUAUUAAACGGCUAUAUCUCUCAGCAUCACUUUUUAUUUUAUUUUUGAAAACUUAACAUCGUAUUUGUUGUUAUGGUUUUUGAAUUGAUAUCUUAAGAGAAAUAUUGAUUUUGUUUUCUUUCUACCUACUGCAAAUAAGACUUUAUGAAACAAACAUCACGUAACACGUUAAUUCUAACGAUAAUUAAUUACAGUAGUACCCUCAAUGUAUUGAAUAUAUCUAAUUGUCAUUAUUAAAAAAAAUAUUUUUUUGUUUUUUAUUUUUUUAAUUUAGGUUCCUUUUUCUUCAUACUUUUCAAAUAACCUUAUAAUUUAAAAAACAUUUAUAAAUUUUAAAAACAAACAAAACAAUUUAAAUAACAUAAACUAUGAUAUCGUCGCUUUAACCUGAGCUCAUAAACUUACGACACUUUAGGGUUUUUGAUCCCAUUGUUUCAUCUUCUUCCUCACAAUCCAAGAAUCCUCCAGUUACAGAUCCAUUUUAUUAAAGUCGUUCUUGGAUCCAUCAUCCACGAUGUAUCUUUAAUGCGAACUUUGCUCUUGGUAGGUGGUGGAACUUCAAGUAUAAAAAGGUUAGCAGUUCUGCUCUCUAAAUCAUCUUACCAAAUCCACUUAUUUCAUGAACUCAUGUCUGUUGAUAUGCUCUUGCUUGAUACGAAGUAGGAGCAAGCAAAGCUUCAGAUUUGCGGACACCCCUGUUUCGCUCCUAUUCGAAGAGGUCUCUGAGAGCAGAAACUUUAUCCACAAGGAGCUGUUCCGUUUUCAAGGUUACGAGGAGUUAAUAUAUUUUGGUAAGUUAUGGGUUUUACUUCCACUUUCAAGAAGAAACACAAAAGACUCCGCCAAUUAUGGCCAACCUCUGCAUCCAGAGCUACAGGUAGGUGAUGACAAUCCCAGCCAUGAUAUGCCAGGAGCUGGAGCUGUAACAACAGACCCUUCUCAAAGUGUUGAAAGAGGUAUUCAUGACAACAGCAACAGACCCAGUAACCAUGUGAUGGUGGAAAGCCUCCCAGGAGAUGUUACCGAACAAAACGACACCCCUGUUUCAUCUGACAUGUCUUCUGCGGAGUCCCUCGAGGCAGAUGGUGUUCACUCUGCGAAGAAGCCACACCAUGGUUAAGCUUCAGAUUAUUGGAGUCCAAUUCAAAUUAGCUCAAUCUCACGACUGCUUUCUUAACCAGUUUUUUAAUAUUUCAUAAACCGGAUAAGUAUCACUCGAGCUAUUUUCCUCAGUGUUUUAACUUUAAAUGUAUUUCCUCUUCUUUAUGAACUCUGCAGCUUCAACGAAGCUAUGUUUGCUUCCGUUUAAAAUUAUUUUAAACCUUAGAACUGGUUUGAUACCCCGUCGUUAAGAGCAUUUUGUUAACUUAAAAUAUUAUGUCUACUCCAAGGAUUCUAUUUUUAGUUAUGAUUUUAAAUUGUGGUCAUCGUACUGGCUGGUUAGAGUGGACAAGAUUAUUCAAAACAGCUGACAAAAAAAAAUUAUUCAACCCCUUCUGAUCAUGUCACAUACAUAAAUAUUCCGUACUCUUCAUCGAAUAUUAUCCAUAGGUCAUAACAAAAAGUGAGAUCAAACCACUCAAGUAAAGUUCCACCUCGAAACUGUUUAAGCCAUCAUGCGGAUUUUUUUAAGAAAGCAAACAUCUAUGGUAAACUUGAUUCCAGACUUAAAGCGCUGCUAAUGAUUACAUUAAACAUCACACUUUCUGUGAAUAAAAUAUAUAUUCUGGAGAACAGUUUAGAGUUAAGAAUCCUCUGUUUCAUGCAUGUGUAGCUUAAUUACAGUUACUCCAUGGUCACAACAAUGUUAAAGGAGUCCCAACAGUUACCGUUACAAAAUAAAACCCCUACAGACAUUCAUUAGUCAUAGCUUUCACUGGAACUGCAUAACCUUUUCGCCGCACCAAGUUAACAAUAGGACAAAAAGCAUAGACUUACUAAUAGAGCAUUGUGACAAAGAAUAUCACAUCGUGCUUUGUUGAACGCAAAGAUGCUGAAAUGGCUUUAUCAUGAACUAAAGAAAAAUCAGAGUAAGAAGCUGAAAAAAUCAGGUGUUAGCUUUUUUGGGUUAGAUUUGGUUGAAAAUAGACUUUGGUUUGGUUAAAAGUGAUUGAAUAUUAUUUGGUAGAUAGUAAACCGACUAAAAACGUAAUCUAUGGAUUAUUAAAUUUUAACUACUAAUCAUGGAGAAAUGAGUUUGUGAUUUUUAAUUUGGUAAGAAAUAAAUUCAUUAGUUUCAUCUAACAGUAGGUGGAUAUUUGAUUAUAUAUGAUAACUAUUCGUGGAAUAUAGCAUAUUUUCCUUAUCUAGACCAAAAUUUUAAUACAAUAUAAUCCAUAAAUUAUAUAAUUAAUUGCACAAUGUCAACUAAAUAAGUUUAUAACAUCAAUGUAUUUGCAAAAAAAAUAACUUAACUAAAACACAUAAUAUAAUUCAAAAUAUUAUGAAAUUAGAGAACAAAAUAAUUCUUUUGCAAAAAAAAAAACAAUACAAACAAAA